AUGGGUAAAGCUGGAAAAGUUCACCUUGAUUACAAUUCUUCAUCAAAUUCUAUCUCUAUUUCAUCUCCAAUAACAUCAUCUAAUACUCCUUCAACAAUAUCUAUUAAUUCUCUUCCAGCAAAUUCUACUACUACACCAAUUUUUAAAACUGCUAAAACAUUAUUACAAGAAAUUAAUAUGUGGGAGGUUGAAGAAGAUAUCGAACUUUCCCAACGUAUCAGUGUUUGUGUUAUUCGUCCAAAAAUAUCAAGCCUCAUCGAUGAAGGAGGAAUGCUAUAUUGUGAUUAUAUGUCUUUUAAAACUUUUGGAUCAACCACUUCUUGGUGUAGUUUUCCGACUUUUGCUAUUUUCGUAACUGUUAGUGGUGUAGUUCUUGUAACUUUGAUAUUUUAG